AUGUCCCUGAUCUCCCAGUCGCCUGCAACCCAUGCCCCGACUGCUCAGCACUCGCGCCGUCUGAGCGUAGGGGCAGCAGCAAAGACGCGAACAUGCGGCCACUGCGGCCGCAGCUUUCGACGCACCGAGCAUCUCGAGCGUCAUGUUCGCACUCACACAAAGGAAAAGCCGUACACCUGCUUGUGCGGGGCGGCGUUUUCCCGCCGCGACCUGCUCAAGAGACAUAUGGGAAUUACUGGCCAUGAAGACGUCAACCCGCCCAAUUCGAAGACCUCGCCCAAAUCUCAGAACAGGACAGACCAUGACACAAAGCAACGGAUCCGGCGUGCUUCGACAGCAACCGUUCGAUCUCGCCGUGCCUCUGCACCAAACCCCGCUUCCCAUGAGACUAGUAGUGUACCCCCAUCGCCGGAGGACGCCGAAGUCGCCCAGUGGACGAUGCACCAGAGCAACAGCUACGUGAAGCAAGAAGAUGGCUAUCCCGAAACCGGCAAUGAAUGUACCCAUGACCCGGAGAUCCUCGAGGCCGCUCAGUUGCUUCUCCCGAACGGCGCUACCCAUGGCCUACCAAGCUACACACCCCCAACAACAUCCUCAUACCUUCCCGACGAGCCACACCACUAUGAAGAGUUCACAAACUUCCUGGAUUCCCUCAACCUACCUCUCGAAUGGGCUCCCGGCAGCAACGAAACUCACAACAGCCAGAACAACAGCUCCCUCACAACAGAAGUCGCAGAGCCAGGCCUCCACCCCCUCUUUAGAGAGCACAAGCCAGACCGUCCAGACCGAUCCCGGGCAGAUUCUCCCUUUGGUAGAUCGUGGCUCUCCUCGGAUCACUAUCAGAGCAGUUAUGCAGGGACGGUAUCUGAGUACGGGAACUUUCACCACCAUUAUCACCCGCCAGAGGACAUUGCCCGCGUUGUGGUCCCGAACUUUUGA